CAAGAUGUUCACUUUUCUCUCUCUGACGCGCGUGAACACCGGACGUCUGACGCCACCUGGGUCUCUUAUAAAAGUCACCCGGAGGGACGAUCUCAGCACGUAGCUCUUAGUCGAUCAUUACUUCGUUUUCAAGCAGGGUACCGGAGGAUAACGCACUGGCCAGUGUCUGUCUGUACACCAGCUCGUUGAGAAGCGGCUUUCACCUCAAGUGUCGGGUAAAAGAGACAUUUCAGGUCUCAAUGCCACCCGGUUUCUAGCGAAGACACGCGGCUCAACUCGAGCUAAAAACAAGACAAGAUGACCGGUAUCCACGUGGAGGGACUGGCGGCGAUCGCCCUCUUCUACGUUCUGAUCCUUGCGGUGGGGAUCUGGGCAGCGUGGAAGAACAAACACGCCGGGGAGGCGGAGGGCACAGACCGCAGUGAAACCAUCAUGGUUGGUGGAAGGGACAUUGGUUUAUUUGUUGGUGGUUUUACCAUGACCGCGACCUGGGUUGGUGGCGGAUACAUCAACGGAACGGCGGAGUACGUAUAUCUUCCUGGUUACGGCUUGGCUUGGGCACAAGCGCCUUUUGGAUAUGCGCUAAGUCUAGUCGUAGGGGGUCUGUUCUUCGCCAAGCCCAUGCGCUCCAGAGGUUAUGUCACCAUGCUGGACCCUUUCCAGCAGAAGUAUGGGAAGAGGAUGGGUGGUCUGCUCUUCAUACCUGCUCUAAUGGGAGAGAUCUUCUGGUCGGCGGCCAUUUUAUCUGCUCUGGGAGCCACGCUGAGUGUGAUCAUAGACAUAAACAUCAAGAUGUCUGUGGUGAUCUCUGUCUGUGUUGUUACUAUCUCUGACCAGGUCUGUCUGAUCCUCUAGGAGCCACGCUGAGUGUGAUCAUAGACAUAAACAUCAAGAUGUCUGUGGUGAUCUCUGUCUGUGUUGUUACUAUCUCUGACCAGGUCUGUCUGUUCCUCUAGGAGCCACGCUGAGUGUGAUCAUAGACAUAAACAUCAAGAUGUCUGUGGUGAUCUCUGUCUGUGUUGUUACUAUCUUUGACCAGGUCCCUGUCUGUCUGAUCCUCUAGGAGCCACGCUGAGCGUGAUCAUAGACAUAAACAUCAAGAUGUCUGUGGUGAUCUCUGUCUGUGUUGUUACUAUCUCUGACCAGGUCUGUCUGAUCCUCUAGGAGCCACACUGAGUGUGAUCAUAGACAUAAACAUCAAGAUGUCUGUGGUGAUCUCUGUCUGUGUUGUUACUAUCUCUGACCAGGUCUGUCUGAUCCUCUAGGAGCCACGCUGAGUGUGAUCAUAGACAUAAACAUCAAGAUGUCUGUGGUGAUCUCUGUCUGUGUUGUUACUAUCUCUGACCAGGUCUGUCUGAUCCUCUAGGAGCCACGCUGAGCGUGAUCAUAGACAUAAACAUCAAGAUGUCUGUGGUGAUCUCUGUCUGUGUUGUUACUAUCUCUGACCAGGUCUGUCUGAUCCUCUAGGAGCCACGCUGAGUGUGAUCAUAGACAUAAACAUCAAGAUGUCUGUGGUGAUCUCUGUCUGUGUUGUUACUAUCUCUGACCAGGUCCCUGUCUGUCUGAUCCUCUAGGAGCCACGCUGAGCGUGAUCAUAGACAUAAACAUCAAGAUGUCUGUGGUGAUCUCUGUCUGUGUUGUUACUAUCUCUGACCAGGUCUGUCUGAUCCUCUAGGAGCCACACUGAGUGUGAUCAUAGACAUAAACAUCAAGAUGUCUGUGGUGAUCUCUGUCUGUGUUGUUACUAUCUCUGACCAGGUCUGUCUGUUCUCUAGGAGCCACGCUGAGUGUGAUCAUAGACAUAAACAUCAAGAUGUCUGUGGUGAUCUCAGCCUGUAUUGCGAUCUUCUACACGUUAGUCGGAGGUCUGUAUUCUGUAGCCUACACCGACGUGGUGCAACUCUUCUGUAUCUUCCUGGGACUGUGGGUUUCAGUACCGUUCGCUCUGAGCAACCCAGCGGUGUCUGACAUCAAGAUCAGUGCAGUGAAGGAGAUCUACCAAGCUCCCUGGAAGGGAAACAUCAAGAGAGAAGACGCCUGGGUCUGGAUAGACAACUUCUGUCUGCUGAUGUUGGGGGGGAUUCCCUGGCAGGUAUAUUUUCAACGGGUUCUCUCUGCCUCUUCAGCUACGUACGCCCAGGUGCUCUCGUUCAUCGCCGCUGCAGGGUGCCUGGUCAUGGCCGUGCCCUCAGUAAUGAUCGGGGCUAUAGGGGCCUCCACAGACUGGAACCAGACGGCGUAUGGACCUGUACCUCCCAAGGAGAGGGACCAGGCAGACAUGAUAUUACCCAUAGUCCUCCAGUACCUCUGUCCUCCCUUCGUCUCCUUCUUCGGCCUGGGGGCGGUCUCUGCUGCCGUGAUGUCAUCUGCCGACUCCUCCAUCCUAUCAGCUAGCUCCAUGUUCGCUCGGAACAUCUACCAGCUGGCUUUCCGCCAAUCGGCAUCGGACACCGAGAUCGUGUGGGUGAUGCGUGUCACCAUCUUUGUGUUCGGCGGCCUGGCCACGGCGAUGGCGUUGCUAACGGGGACGGUGUACGGGCUGUGGUACCUGAGCUCCGACCUGGUCUACGUUAUCAUCUUCCCUCAGCUCAUCUCCGUUCUCUUCGUCAAGGGAACCAACACGUACGGCUCCGUUGCUGCUUACGUCUUUGGUCUGAUCCUGAGGAUCGGAGGAGGGGAACCCUACCUUUCACUACCCCCCUUCAUCUACUACCCCGGCUGGCAGAUAGAGGACCGGAUCCAUCAUCUGACUGGAGAGGUGGAACACAUCGUGGUGCAGAAGUUCCCGUUUAAGACCGUCUCCAUGUUGGCCUCCUUCCUGGGCAACGUGGCUUUCUCCUACCUGGCCAAGUAUCUGUUUGAGAGCGGCAAGUUGUUGCCCAAGUAUGACUUCCUGGACGCGGUGUUGGCCCAGCACAGCAUAGAGAACAUGGACAAGACCACGUUGGUCAACCGUAACACCAUCGUGCUGUCUGAGAUGGCGCCUGUCAAACCACGGCUCAGCGUUCAACUGGCGGCUACGUUCACCCGCAGAGACACUCUGGCUGAGGAGGACUCGAGUCCCGAAGACAGCCCCAACCACGAGACCCUGGACUAAACCCCGGACCUUGAACCCCAGAACGUAAAGAGACUAAAGAGAGGACUGAAAUGACGGCGACUGAAAUACACAUUUUGACUAGUUUGCUAUUUAACUACUUUAAUUUGAUCCCCAUCACGGCCAGGUGAGUUAUGGAGAUGGAACAGAAUAGAUGGCAUAGAGAUAAUGCCAUCUAUAGGGGCGGCAGGGUAGCCUAGUGCUUAGAGCGUUAGACUAGUAAACGAAAGGUUGCAAGAUCGGAUCCCCCGAGCUGAUAAGGUAAAAAAAUCUGUCGUUCUGCCCCCUGAACCAGGCAGCUAAACCCACUGUUCCCCGGUAGGCCGUCAUUGUAAAUAAGAAUUUGUUCUUAAUAAGCUGACUUGCCUCGUUAAAUAAAGGUUAAAAUAAGAGGACAUUAUGAAGAUGGGACAGAAUAGAUGGCACGGAGAUAAGAGGACAUUAUGAAGAUGGGACAGAAUAGAUGGCACGGAGAUAAGAGGACAUUAUGAAGAUGGGACAGAAUAGAUGGCAUUAUGAAGAUGGGACAGAAUAGAUGGCACGGAGAAAAGAGGACAUUAUGAAGAUGUAACAGAAUAGAUGGCACGGAGAUAAGAGGACAUUAUGAAGAUGUAACAGAAUAGAUGGCACGGAGAUAAGAGGACAUUAUGAAGAUGGGACAGAAUAGAUGGCAUUAUGAAGAUGGGACAGAAUAGAUGGCACGGAGAUAAGAGGACAUUAUGAAGAUGGGACAGAAUAGAUGGCACGGAGAUAAGAGGACAUUAUGAAGAUGGGACAGAAUAGAUGGCACGGAGAUAAGAGGACAUUAUGAAGAUGGGACAGAAUAGAUGGCACGGAGAUAAGAGGACAUUAUGAAGAUGGGACAGAAUAGAUGGCACGGAGAUAAGAGGACAUUAUGAAGAUGGGACAGAAUAGAUGGCACGGAGAUAAGAGGACAUUAUUGGCGCAGUGUCCUUGACAUAAGAGACCAGACUAAUGUUGCUGCUGAAUGUGUGUCACCAGUGGAGAACGGACCUCCAUGUUGGUACGUAAUCAGACCUGAACUCUCUCUCCCUGGUCUCAGUCUGUGAUGAAAUGACCGUGGGUGAUAAAGCAGUAAUCCUAUUGGACAUGAACAAUGACU